AUGUGGAUAUGUUCUUAUCGCGUUUCAAUCACCAAUCAAAUACUUUCAUUUCAUAUAUCGUUAGCAUCACAAAAAAGUGAAGUUUUUUUGUCAUUUUCAAUCGAUUCAUCAUUGAAUCUUAUUGAAUGUAUUGUUAUUGAUGAACUUUCACCAACUAUACCUAUUUCACUUGUUACUAAUUUAUCGUUUUUACCUCAUCUGUUCUCAUUAAUUAUCGAUAUGCGGCAGAUGUUAAGUGAAUCAAGUGAAUUUCAUCGAUUAAUUUUCGCUUUAUCAAAAUUGAAAUAUAUUAAAUAUAUUCAACAGAAGCAACUGUCAUAUUCAUCUCAGCUGCCUAUUGUUACCGAUGAACAAUUCAGUGCUAUCGGAUAUCUUGUUAUUAAUUAUCAUUGUACUUUUAAUGAACUUCGUACUUAA